CAUCAAAAUACAGAAAUUGCAUUAUGUAGGGCAUUUUAACCGAUAUGAAGUGAAGAAUAUUGUUAUUAAAUAAUCAGAACAGUUUCAAGUUAUUCACGAAAAAUGUCUAGACAAGGAACUAGAGGCGUAGAUCAGCGUAAAGUAAAUGGUGAAUUAUUUUCUUUAACGUAUGGGGCUCUUGUGGCUCAGUUAUUGAAAGAUUAUGAAGAUGAUGAAGAAGUCAACAAACAGCUGGAAAAAAUGGGAUACAACAUUGGAGUGAGGUUAAUAGAAGAUUUUCUUGCAAGGUCGAAUGUGGGAAGAUGCAAUGAUUUUAGAGAAACUGCAGACGUCAUAUCAAAGCUGGGCUUUAAGAUGUACCUGGGAAUACAGCCAGUGGUCAGUAACUGGAGCGCUGCAGGGGAUGAAUUCUCCCUUCUCAUUGAGAACAACCCUCUAACUGAUUUUGUAGAACUACCCCCUGGCCACUCACAGCUCAACUUCUCUAAUCUCUUGUGCGGUGUUCUAAAAGCAGCACUGGAAAUGGUACAAAUGGAAGUGGAUGUUAAAUUUGUACAAGAUACAUUAAAAGGAGAUAACAUCACAGAAAUUCGCCUCAAAUUCAUUAAAAGACUAGAGGAUGCCAUUCCUGUUGGAGAGGAUUAAAGCAAAUUGAUAAUUUAAAAAGAGAUUUUGUGGUGUUAAUUACUGCAAGGAAAGCAUGUACAGUUCUAGAAUAAAAUUUAUGGCAAAAUUCAGUGGAAAAAGUCAUUCCAAGAACUUUGAUUUGUGUGGUUUCAAAAAAAAAUCAUGUGUCACAUGUGAAUUUUGAAGUCAGAUAGACUGAGUUCGUUUUGACUCAGACAGACUGGGAAUUGUACAUUGUAAUUUGUUGUGUUGAUGCAAUUUCGCUACAUGCUUGUAUAUUAAGUGUGUAGAUGCUUAAGUUUAUGUAAUGUCAUUUCAUGUGAAAGAUGAUAUUUCUCCCUGAAGUGUAAGUUAUAUCAUUUUAUUUAGAAAGAUAAUAUUCUUUGUAAGCAUUAAUGUAUUAUUGAAAAUAGACAUGCAACAUUAAAAUGUCCACUUUAGA